GCACCACACAUUUUCCACAUUCACACACACUGACACUACUGAUGCUGACCUCCACACCUCACAAGUUGGUUUGCUUUGCAUUUGCCGUAUUUUUUUUAAAAAUAAAUAGCAUAUUUUUAUUUGCACUGUGUUGUUGUCCAUUUUUGUCAUGGCCUACGGGCCAGGUUAUGACAAUUCUCUCUGUCUGUUCUCUCUUUUCCUGCUCUACCCAGCAGGCCUCUGGCAAGAGGUUCCCCCCCGAUGAGAUAAGCUCCUCCCCCUUCUCCCAGCAGGCAUGCUGCAGCUCUGUCAGGUCACCAACGCCCUGUUCAUCAGCAACGCCCGCUCCGCCUGCAGCGAGCAGCUCCUCCAGCAGGAGGCGGUGACGCUCUGCAUCAACGUGUCCAAGCAGCAGCCGUUUCCGUCUGGCGGCGUGGCCAAGCUGCAGAUCCCCGUCUACGACGACCCCAGCGAGGACCUCUACAGCCACUUCGACCGCUGCGCCGACGCCAUCCAGAAGGAGGCGGGCCGUGGCGGCCGCAGCGUCGUCUACUGCAAGAACGGGCGAAGCCGCUCGGCCACCAUCUGCAUCGCCUACCUGAUGAAGCACCGCGGCCUGACGCUGGCGGACGCCAUACAGAGAGUGAAGACGGCUCGACACGUCAUCGACCCGAACCCCGGCUUCCUGUCUCAGCUGCAGCGAUACGAGGCCGUGCUGAAGGCGCGGCGAGGACGGUCCUGACCCUGGGGGGCCCAAGGAACCGGCGGGGCCCCCUGCCCCGGGACAGCGAGCCAAGACGCCCUAGUCUUAAUGAUCUAAUUAAUUAAUUCAUCGAUUAAAAAUGCCUGUCAGCUCGUUGUUAAGGUUCUGAUUUAGGUCGCAGCUUCGGCCUCCAGUCCUACUGGUCCCCAGUCCUGGAGGUCUUGGACAUGUCCCUGCUUUAACAAACCUGAUCCACAUGAACGGGUCCUCGUCAGCUGGUCCUCGAGGUCUGGACACCGCCGGUAACCGCCGGUAACCGCCGGUGACCGCAGUCAUUUAAAUCAGGAGUGUUGAAGCAGAAACACGAUGCAAAUAAACCUUAAAAUCACAAAAGAAUAUGAAAAAAUGAGACAAAUAUUAUGAUUAUUAUUACUAUAAUAUACAAUAAUUCCAAUUAUUUUAGGUUAGAAAAACAUGUAUUUUAUAUUAUUUAAGGCUGAUAUAGUUCUAUAAGUUAUUUUUUUAUUUACUGACAGAACUGUAUUCAUUAUUUUUGUGUCUCCUCAGAUCAGAGGACCCACAAUGCUAACAACUUUGGGGGGGUCAGUUACAGAUUUGACCUCUAGGGGGCCGAGGAUGCAGGACUCUGGAGAUGUUUUAAUCAGAAAUAAUGUAGAACGCUUGUAAAGAAAGAGUCCGGGUCACCUGAGGUCACCUGAGGGCGUCGGCCAGCCGAGGUCCAACCCUCCGUCCAACCCUCCGUCCACCUUCAGACACACCAGACUGAAACUGUUGGACGGCGCAGGAAGACGGGGCACAAACCCUCCUCACUGUGAAGCACGGCGGUGGCAGCGGCAUGCUGAGGGGGCCUCAUCUCCAUCACCGUAACUGCAAAAUGUUAAUUCCCCAGAAUCGGCUUGGUCUUCUACCGCUAGCCAGCUCCGCCACCGUCUGCUGCUCUUAAAGCGACAGUACCUCAUUUUAAAGCAAUGAAAUUAGCUAUUCUAAAUAAAUAGUGACUUUAUUUCUCAAUGUAUUUAAACAGAGUUAAAAAAAAAGUUAGCUGAUGACUGAAUUACUGUUGUGUUGAUGUAUUUGGGUUUUAUUGUAGCUGCGCCGCCACCGCCUCGGACCCCGAGGUUCUUAGGGAGGAGAUAUUUGAUCUUUAUCGCUCCGCCCCUAAAUAACGAUGCAAAUCUUUAAAGUGAAAGAUGCUAACGCUGCGUUGCGGUGUGUUUGUUCUGUGAUGCAGAAACCUGAAAUAAAAGCAAUAAUUUUAAUGGCAUUUAAACAACGUUAGACCUCAGCUUGUUGGCAAAACUAGACAACAUAUGUCGUAAGCACAAUUCAUGUAUUAAAGUUUUUAACUUUAAUGAUUCAUUAAAGCU